AUGGCAGCCCCCGAAGGCGUCACCCACAGUAGUGCCCGCCGUACACCAUGGCCACCUACAGGGCGCUCACCGCAGCCCCUCCCACCCGGCCACCGGAAGUUUCCAUUUGAAACCCAGGCGGCAGACUCCACCAGUAGUACGGCAGUUGCGUUGGAGCAUUUUUUGAAUCAGAGCGACGAGACCUGCGGGCAGGAGGAGCAGGCACCUGGCGCCCAGCCUUGCCGCCUCGUUACGAUGACCAGCGUGGUUAAGACAGUGUGCACACUGCAGCCUCCCUCUGUGCUGAGUAGCGGCCCGUCCACAGAGCGCAGUGCCCCUCGUUCCUUAAGCAAGGCUGACUUGUUGUCUCUAUCAGUUUUAGGCAGUGAGACUGUGGCGUCACAGCAAGAAUCCACCACGGAUCACAUGGACUCUAUGUUGCUGUUAGAAACUUUGCAAGAUGAGCUGAAGCUUUUUAACGAAACAGCCAAAAAGCAAAUGGAGGAGUUACAGGCCUUAAAAGUAAAGUUGAAGAUGAAAGAAGAGGAGAGGGCCCGGUUCCUGGAACAGCAGACCUUAUGUAACGGUCAAGUAAAUGAUUUUACAACAGCCCUUAAGGAAAUGGAGCAGCUAUUAGAAAUGUGAUAAAAAGCAGUGGCUACAUGGCUCCCUCUUGGGGAUAAACUCUCAGAGGAAGCCACUAAGGACAUUGCUUCUUGGCCAUGAUCUUCUAGGACUCACCAUCCCCAGAAUGAAAACAUUUUCUGUAGCAGGAUUAAGAACAGUUUGUGCUGAAAUGGCAGUUCCUCCUUUAAGCAAGUGUUCCCAACCUUCAGAUUGGUCAGCUCUUCUGAACCUCACAUAUUAAUAAUUGAGGUCUACAAGAGGGGGUCCUGAAAGCUUGGAUCAACUCCUGAGCAACAAAGCAGCACACCGUUAGAAUCAAGCGACUAAACCAGCCACAGCCAGAGGAUCCAAAAAGUCACAUUCAGAUGUGCGGGAAGAAACCCUUAAUUGUACAGUGGAGCACAGGUGCUCCAUAGGCGACAUGAAGGAGCCAUGCUGACCUCUUCUAGCUUGGAGCACAUUCUAUCCCAUCCUCACUGGGCUCUGUACCUCAUUGUAAAUGUAAGAACUUGAAGUUACUUGAAAUGGCUUAAUAAAUGGGGCGAAGGUAUAGAUAGCAAUAACACCUACCUGAAACAAUACACCUUGGAGCUUUUAAUCUAAAUCACUUCUGGUGGUUUUUUUUUUUAAAUAUAAAGUGCUACUUUUAAAAUAAAUAUUU